AUAAUUAUUGCAUAAACAGAUUAUGUUUGUGCACUGAUAUAGAAUCAACACACAGCCCCGGCCGCCCACUUUCUCUGUUUCUUCCCACUUCCAAGAAACACAAAAAUAUGGAAAGAGAGUGCAUAGAAGAAGGGCUGCCGACGACGAGGCCUUUGCUUCUUGAUGCACAGCCGACGCCCAACACUAUUCAUGAGAUUAGUAACUUCAACAGAGCGGCCAGAGAUUCCUCCAUCGCUUCAGUUCUUUUCCUUAGCACCUUCAUCGCUGUCUGUGGCUCCUUCUGCUAUGGCUGUUCCGUGGGUUAUUCGUCGCCGGCAGAAUCUGGAAUCAUGCAAGACUUAGGCCUCUCUUUGGCAGCAUACUCAGUUUUUGGGUCCAUACUGACAAUUGGAGGAAUGAUAGGUGCAAUUAUAAGUGGGAAGAUAGCUGAUGUUGUCGGUCGGAGACGAACAAUGUUAUUAGCAGAAUUAUUCUGCACUCCAGGGUGCCUUGCAAUAGCAUUUGCCAAGGAUGCAUGGUGGCUGGAUAUUGGAAGACUGUUGAUUGGACUUGGAGCAGGGCUUCUUACUUACGUGGUACCUGUAUACGUGGCAGAAAUUACACCUAAGAACCUCAGAGGACGAUUUACGUCAGCCCAUCAGAUGUUAACUAGUUGUGGCUUUGCAUUCUCAUACUGUAUUGGAAAUAUAAUUUCUUGGCGCACCUUGGCUCUACUUGGUUCUAUUCCAUGCCUGUUGCAACUUCUGGGUUUAUUUUUUAUUCCUGAGUCUCCUAGAUGGCUGGCGAAACGUGGCAGAGAAAAAGAAUUUGAAGCUUCUUUGCAACAUCUUUGGGGAAAAAAUGCAGAUGUAUCUGUAGAAGCAAUGGAUAUAAGAGAUAUUAUCGAAAGCUUUCAACACAAUUCAGAAGGCAAUGCUCUUGACUUGUUCCAGAGGAGAUAUUGUUAUUCGAUCAUUGUUGGAGUAGGGCUAAUGUUACUGCAACAAUUUGGAGGGAACAGUGGCGUGGUAUAUUAUAGCAGUACCAUAUUUGCAGAAGCUGAUUUUUCUACAAUUCUUGGAAGUACAGCGUUAGCUAUUAUAUCGAUUUUUCCAUUCAAAAGUGUUGAUGAUGCUAGUGCCAAUAAAUCAACUACGUCCACUACUGCUCCAUAUGCACCUCUUCCACCUUUUUUGUUGACGCCACAACCUGUAACUGUAUCACUAUCUCCUCAAGAUGGUAUACUUGGUCCUCCACCAGCUCACUUAUCUCUACAGCCCAUAGAUGCAGUAUCCACUGCAACUCCAAUGACACAUAAUCCCUUGGCCCACCCUCAGCAUAGUCACAUCACACCAUGUGCAUCCACUCUCCCACAUAGCCAACCUACUUCCACUCAACCUCAUAAUACUUCCAUAUAUGCUGAUACUCAAAGCCCACACUCACCUAGUCAUCUCCACUCACCUCAUCAACAAGGUCUCACCAACUCCCAUAAUCAACCAUCUGUUCCACUUAAAACUCAUCCAAUGGUGACACGAUCUCAAACAGGGAAUCUUAAACCAAAUAUCUUUGCCACUACUAUAGUUGCCCAAGCUGUUCCUACAUGCUAUUCCCAGGCUAUGAAAUCUGAAUAAUGGCGUGAUGCAAUGCAGUCUGAAAUAAAUACUCUAAUUCAAACGGGUAGGUGGGAAUUGGUACCACGAGAAGAUGCCCAGAAUAUUAUUGGUUGCAAAUGGGUCUUCCGCAUCAAACAUAAACCAGAUGGAUCCAUUGAAAAGUACAAAGCUCGAUUAGUUGCUAAGGGCUACCAUCAAAAGCCAAGCAUUGACUUCUUUGAGACUUUUUCUCCAGUGGUAAAGCCUACUACUAUUAGAAUUAUUUUGUCAUAUGCAGUUACACAGGGGUGGAAUAUCAAACAAUUAGAUGUUUCAAAUGCUUUCUUACAUGGCAAACUUGAUGACCUGGUCUUUAUGGAUCAACCUCCUAGUUUUACUGAUCUCGAUAAACCAAAUCAUGUAUGUCAGUUACAUCAUUCUCUGUAUGGCCUUCGUCAAGCUCCACGUCAAUGGUACAAGUGCUUGUAUAAUGCGCUUCUUAAAAAUGGUUUUAAGUCAUCUGCUGUAGAUACAUCCUUAUUUUCUUAUACGAAUGGUGGGACACAAGCUUUUUGUCUUAUUUAUGUGGAUGAUAUCAUCCUAACUGGGAGUGAUAAUACUCAUUUACAACACCUUGCUGCAUCUCUGCAACUAGAGUUUCAAUUAAAAGAUUUGGGUUCAUUAGAUUAUUUCUUGGGUAUUGAAGCUCAUCAUACAAAAAUGGGUUUAUUACUUACACAGACAAAGUACAUUGAGGAUUUGUUACCCAAAGCCAAUAUGACCACAUGCAAAAGCUUAUCUACACCAGCCACACCGAAUGAGAAAUUACAAGCAACUGGUGUUGAAUCUGCACCUGAUAUCACUCUCUACCGCACCAUAGUUGGUGCUUUGCAAUAUUUGAAUAUCACCAGACCCGACAUUGCCUUCUCGAUUCACAAAGCUUCUCAAUUUGUUCAUUCUCCCAAACUGCAGCAUUGGGUUGCAGUAAAACGUAUUUUAUGUUAUUUGAAGGGCACACAAUGGUAUGGGCUGCUCCUUACUCCUUCUUCUAAUCUUGAUAUUCAUGCGCAUAGUGAUGCGAAUUGGGCAUCCAAUCUAGAUGAUAGAAAAUCAAUAAGUGGUUGUGAUAUUCAUGCGGAGUAAUCUAAUUUCAUGGUAGUCUAAAAAACAACCUACGGCAGCGCGUUCAUCUACCGAAGCAGAAUAUCGCUCUAUUGGUGCUGCAACUACUGAAUUAACUUGGAUUCAAACUCUGCUUCGUGAGUUUUCUAUUUUAUCUCCUCAAAUUCCUACUCUGUGGUGUGAUAAUGUAUGUGCCACCUACCUCACAGCUAAUCCCAUCUUCCAUUCCCGACUGAAAACACAUUGAAGUGGACUAUCAUUUUGUGCGAGACAAGGUGGCCAAUAAAGACCUGCAAGUUCGCUACAUAUCUUCUAAGGAUCAAGUUGCAGAUGUGCUAACCAAGCCUCUUCCAAGCAGUAGACAUGCUGAUUUGCAGAUGAGACUCACAAUUCUAACCUCACCUGGUUAGAUUUGCAGGGCGGUGAUAGA